UCCCAGAUCACGUGAAAUCAUGCUCGAACUCUUCCUCGAUCAGAAUCGGAACAUUGGCUGAUGCCAUCGGUAUCGCCGGAACCCUAAAUAUCAUCACGUUUCUUUUAGCUGGCGACUAUGGAUACUCGCGCAGCGCCUCAGGAGAAGGCGAAGUUGCCGAGGACUGACUACCGCCUCCAUGCUGGCAGCGCUGCUACUCCCAGUCCCUCAUCCUGGCUCGAAAUUCGCCUAUUCUACGUUCGCAUCUUCCCUUGCGCUGCCGACGCCGUACCACCGAAUCUCAUGCUUUCCCAUCUCCGACGUGAUAUCGGGGUCGCCCUUGAAAUCAAUGGUUCCCGUAUCCCCUCUUGCGAGCCAACGUCCCUCGCCCUCCGCCGAGACCGCCUCGACUGCAGCGCCGGAGAGGUCACUUACCUCAGCACCGAUGGCGUCCGGCUUUCUGGCUCCGUCGAAUUUGAAGUUUGCGACGGAGACGGGAACCUCAUUCUCUGCGGUUCUUUAGAGAAUAUGGAGGCGCCGGGGAUGAUUAGGACCAUUAGCUUCGAAGGACACAGUGAAUCUUGCUAUGACCCAAAAGCCAGAUGGAGAAUGAACUGCUUCCCUGGGGCUUCGAUCGCGUCGUCGGCCUUUGUACAGCCGAAGUUCGGAAUUUCAUCUCCUUCAAUAGAGGUUUAUGUUGCUGGAUGCUUUGCGGGUUCCCCUUCGAUCCUUACGCAGACGAUUCAGCUUGGUCAGAUAAAGAAGGUAGCAAGAACAGGAGCUUUGGACGCUAUUCCGGAAGACAAAGAGGCUAGCUAUAAUCCAGUGAGGUGUAGAGAUGUAUUUUCGUGCAAUAGGAGCUCCUUAUCAGAUAAGGAUGAUAGUGAUGAAUAUCCAGAAACAAAUGCAAUUAGGCACAGCUACUAUCCAGAAGAUUUGUACUCCGAGGAGAAUGGCCAGCUUUCUUGGUUUAAUGCCGGUGUUAGAGUUGGUGUUGGAAUUGGCCUUGGAAUGUGCAUUGGGAUUGGAAUUGGUGCUGGACUUCUCAUGCGAUCGUAUCAGGCAACAACCAGAGGCUUCAGGAGAAGGUUCUUCUAACUUCCAAUGCUCCACCAAGGCUUUUUCUUUGUGUAAAAAAAAAAAAAAGAGUUCAUUUGCGGCAUGUCAUCCCAUGGAUGCGUUGUGUAUAUAAUAAGUGAUCACAAGCCAGUUCUUUUUGUUCCUAUAUAAUGUUCUUUUACAUCAGUUGCUCCUUUGUUUCUGUGUAUGAAAAUCAAUAAACUUGUGCAUUUGAAUGAGAUAGCCCAAGUUGAAACACGGAAUCUUUCUUCUACUUGGUGGACGCGGCAGCACGCCUCUUUCACCACAACCCUGCAAGCAUCUACUUGUGUGUUGGUGAUGGAGCUUAUGUUGCUAUGAUGAAUUAUUAAUGUUUGCGUUCUAACUUUUUCCUUGCAUAUUUUAUUUACUUAUUUGGGUUUUAUAAAGAAAUACAUUGAUUCUGUUUUAUGUCGGUAUUUAUUAUGGAAUAUAAAUUGAUUAGCCUUGUUAUGAAUA